GCGCUACAGACGGACCGAAUUUUGAUUGGACAAUCACCCCGCCAAUCAGGAUUUUUUAUUUUUAUUAUUUUUUUUUCCAAUUCACUGACAUCAUCGGACAGGGUGACGCCCACUGUAAGUGGCUGUGCAGAUAUAGUGAAAUGCUCAUGUUUGCACUGAACAGCACUGUUUUGUCCAUAAGAGGGAGUCAAGUUUCUUAUGAACCGGUUUCGCCCACUUUCACAACAGAAGUACUGAGCGCCUUGGCAGGAAAGGGGGGGAAUAUUGCCUGACAACGAUUAUUUUUCUCUCAUAGUGGCUGUGGAAACUCAUAUCUGUAGUUGGAUACUCAGUCGGUAGGUCAGUUCGCCCUUCAGCCUUCGCCUACAACUUUGCCUCCUGCUGCAGCUGAAGAAUAAGCGGGUUCAUGAUCACCAGGAAGCUGUUAAUUUCUUCAUACCUGGAUUAACUCGCGGGCUUCUUUCCCCCCUCCCCCAUUUUUUUUCUUUUACACUUUUUUUUUUUUUUUAAUUUGCAAGAAAGAGACUUUUUCCUCAGCCAAAAUGUUGUGGAAAUUAGCCGACAACGUAAAAUACGAGGAUGACUGUGAGGAAAGGCACGAUAGUAACAGCAAUGGGAACCCACGGCUGCCUCACCUGCCGGCGGUCAGUCAACACCUCUACAGCCCGUCUACUUCCCUCUCACACUCGGCCAGUUCAGACUUCCAGCCCCCUUACUUUCCUCCUCCCUACCAGCCUAUCUCGUACCCGCAGUCUAGUGACCCCUACUCUCACCUCGGGGACCCUUUCAACAUCAACUCCAUACACCAGUCGCCAUCGUCGAACCAACAGCAGCCGUGGCCUGGGCGGCAAGGCCAGGAGGGGCUCGGCGCACACGGGAGGAGCGGACUCGCGAGUCAGAUCCUAGGCUUGGAGGGAGGCUCGUCAGGGGUUAGGAGGGAAGGGUUCCGCCGACCGGAGCUGCUGUCUCCACACGCUCACAGUCUAGAGUCGUCGGUUAUUGGCGAUAAUAUGGGGAUGCAUGACAUGGGACACGGGCUGGAUGAUGUUCAACAAGUAGACGACCACAGUAUAAUUAUGGCAGAUCAGACGGUCAUCAAAAAAGUAUUAGGACUUCGAGGUGGCAGGAACCUUGAUCGCUUACAGAGGACUUAUUAUCAGGGGGGAAUUUUCGCGGGGCCUGUCACUCUGCCUAAAGGAAACGCACUGGGUCUUCCCUUCCAGAAAGAGUCCCUGCUGGGCAUGGUGUCAAAUCCCACAGAGGUGUUUUGCUCUGUACCAGGCCGUCUUUCCUUGCUGAGCUCUACAUCCAAGUACAAGGUUACUGUGGCUGAAGUCCAGAGACGUUUGUCACCCCCAGAAUGCCUCAACGCAUCGCUCCUGGGAGGCGUUCUACGCAGAGCCAAGUCAAAAAAUGGAGGCCGUUCUCUGAGAGAAAAGCUGGACAAAAUUGGGCUUAACCUGCCUGCAGGAAGAAGGAAGGCAGCUAAUGUCACUCUACUUACCUCGCUAGUAGAAGGUGAAGCUGUUCAUUUAGCAAGAGACUUUGGUUAUGUGUGUGAGACCGAAUUCCCUGCAAAGGCAAUUGCUGAAUACCUGGGUAGGCCACAUGUGGAGCGGAAUGAGGCUAACUCGCGCAAGAACAUGCUCCUUGCUGCCAAGCAAAUCUGCAAAGAGUUUACUGAUCUGCUCACUCAGGACCGCUCACCUUUGGGCAACGCUAGGCCUGCUCCCAUUCUGGAACCUGGAAUCCAAGGCUGCCUGACUCACUUCAGUCUCAUCACUCAUGGCUUUGGCUCUCCAGCCAUCUGUGCUGCCAUGACCUCGCUUCAGAACUACCUGAAUGAAGCGCUCAAACAAGUGGACAAGAUGUACCUGAGCUCUGGUAGCGACACCCAGGGAUCCUCAGACAGUGGAAGUAAAUCUACUGACAAAAUGGACAAGCACAGGAAAUGAGAGCUUAAAGGAGAAUCCCUAUGAACCUGAGAUUCCCAGAGUCCCUUAAUCUUGCUGCCCCGACUUCCCUUUUGGACCUUUUUAAAAAUCAAUAUUUGGUAUUGUCUUUUUGAGAGCUGCAUUUGUGUGUGAAUGUGUGUGCUCACACUGUAAAUUUAUAGUUUGACAGGUUGGGGAUUUUUAACAGCCUGUCACAGCAGGCUACAAAUAGUUACUGUUGGCAUGUGUGUUGAAUGCUCUGGAUUUGUCCUAAUGGGAGCCCGCUCUGUGAAAGAGUAAAGCCCUUUUCAGACAUGGCAUGUGUGGCUUCUUCUGUCUGCUAAAGCAACAGGAUUGUCAUUUAGUGAUAGUUCACUUCUAUAUUAAUGUUUGUCUUGCCUUCAUUCACACAAACCAGUAAGAGGAGAGCAGCAUGGCAUAUGUUAUUUUUCACACGUGCAAAAGAUUUGUUUUUGGCAACAAGUCCCGCCAUUAUGAACUGGUAAGGUUUGUGCAUUCAGUUCUCUCUAAAUUUGCCACGGACAGCAGGGUCUGUGUGAUGCAUGCAAGUCGGGGAGAAAAGGAAAAAAGUAUACAUUUAUGUUCAUAUUGCUGUUUAGCACAGUUGCUAUUUGUCAUAAGCUAGUGAAACUACAGCCAUGACUUUUACAGAGAGGUUACCAGGGUGUACAUUCAUACACCAAAGUAAUGCGAUAAAAUACUGUUAAAUUCCUAGCAAGGAGUACAUGCCUAAAAAGGGGAUUAAUACAUGCUGCAUCAUGCUAGCCACUAUGCAGUUACAUACAGUUGCUAGUGGCCUACUACUAUAACCACAGGGCCUGCAUUUUGUUGAAGAAGAUGAGGGGGAAACAAAAUGCAUUCUGCGACUAUUUUUCCACCUCCCUUGUCUUUCUCUUUUUUUUUUUUUUUUUUUUUUU